CGAGAAUUUCACAUCGGCUUCGCCCUCUGCCUAGAAAUAGCGCUCUGUGGAUCAAGAAUCAAUUGAAUCCGUUGAAGUGUAAAAAUGAACGGCUUGAAUGCUGCAAAGGAUAUUGGUUUGUCAUGGAUAAGACCGCCAGAAAGUGAAAUAGCUUUUCCUGAUAUUAAGAAACCCCUACCUAUUGGAUUUUUCAGCAUUGAUGGGGAUCGAAUGUUCGAACCUAGCGAUGCGCAAUUGAAAUAUUACAAAUCUCCUGCCCCAGAAACCUUUCCAUUGGAUCUGAAUGCUGGUCUCAAUCGAGUUAUACAUAAACCCGAGUCAGUCAGAAAUGAACUGCUCGAUCAUUUAUUAAGAUUUUUGUAUGAUCACCAACAAAGAAUUUUUGUAAAUUCACCAGCCCCAGAAUUUGUAUCGUAUCGCGGUCUUCUGCGACUGUUGAUGUGUACACCAUAUGAACAUCGGAACGAUUGGUGUAUUCAUGUAACUCGCUUUAAGAAUACAAUUUACCUGGUGGAACGGGAGACAGAACAAAAACGUUAUGAGAGAUCCCAAGAAAGUCAAUUUGUAAAGAACUGUUGUUCUUGGGGUUUUAAAUUUGAACAAUACUGUUUGUCCGAUUCACCGUUUCGAGAGCCGGAUACAAGUUCUCCGGUUAAUGAGUCCGAAGAAUUUUCCCUUGUGUUCCACACACGUUUAGCUGGUAUGAAUUUGCUGUACGGGGCUGAAAUGGAUGGCAUUAUAAGUGAACAACCGGUACAAUUAAACUACGACAAACCUGUGAUCGAGAAUUUAAAGUUUGUUGAGCUAAAAACUCGCCAAGGUCAAGGUCAGCGCAUAAAUUUCUUAAAAUUCAAAUCAAGGAAUUGGUGGUGUCAAUCAUUUUUGGUUGGAAUUGAAGAUCUCUACGUUGGUAUACGAAACGAUAAGGGAUUUGUAAGAAGUUUGGAACACGUGGAAACCAGAUCUUUACCGAAAAAUGGAGCGCAAAACCAUUGGUCACCUUCGGUUUGUGCGAAUUUCCUGAGCCAAUUUUUGUGCCGCCUCAAGGCUUUAACGGCGAAUCUCAACUGUCCCUACACAGUUUACGAAUUUUAUUUUAACUCUAGGACUGGCCAGAUCAAUUAUGUUUGUCUACCGGGCAAAACAGAACAUUCCUUCCUGCCAGAUUGGUUUGUAGAAUCCAUAUCACGUCUCCUUAAAAAUACUCCAAGGUAAUGAUCGUUUCUAAAACACGUACUAUAAUAUACAUAAUAUGCAGAUAAGCAAAUCAAAUGUAACCUGUACAUAACUAGACUUAAAUACAACAAUUAUUGUCCUGAAAGCUUUGUCAUAAAUUAUACAAAAAAUUAAAUUUAAUAAAUACUCUGCAACAACGCUUCUUGGGAAAAAAUCA